UCUGCAACUACUCACCUGAGUCCUGCUUUUCUCUCUCUCUAAUCCCGCUCUCCUCUCUCUCUCUCUCUCACACACACACAUUAGUACUACUCUUUCCUCAGUUAGCAACUCUUCAAGUUUAUGUUUCUACUGUGAUCCACUGGGAAAUUUCUUUUUUUCACAUUUUGAUUAGCUCUAUCUUGCAAGUGGGCAGUGAAUUUUGGGUUAAAAAUCGAAUCUUUUUGGGGUUUGGAGUAAUUUAAUGGGUAUUUGCUAUUCGUCGGCUAAUGGAAAGCGGAGCACGGGGUGGGAGACCGGCGACAAAAAGUCGGAUUCCCGGUUGAAAAAGAGUAGCUCCGGCGAUUUCGCAACCUUCAUCAGUAAGUUAAGCGGCGGCGGCGGCGGAGGCGCAGCCGCCGUUGUAGCCGAGGAGCGGACGUUGCAUCAAAUCCCGGGGCGGCUGUUCUCGAAUGGGGCCAGCCGCAUCGCUAGCUUGUACACUCAGCAGGGCAAGAAAGGGACUAAUCAAGAUGCCAUGAUCGUUUGGGAGAAUUUCUGCACUGGAGGCGAUGCCAGCGCGACAUUUUGUGGAGUUUUUGAUGGUCAUGGUCCUUAUGGUCACAUGGUAGCGAGGAAAGUGCGCGAUACUCUUCCAAUUUUGCUGCGUUCUCAGUGGGAAAGUAAGGCUGAAGAUGACCAAAAUCAUGUGCAAGAAAAUGUGGGGUUUGAAGGAAUGAGGCAAUUCGAUGACUUCAUGGAUGAGGAUGGAUGUGAGUCGGUCGAAGCAGAGGAAGUUGAGAAAGUGCCUGAGAUGCAUAUUCCACUCAAGAAUUCAAUGCUCAAGGCUUUCAAGUUGAUGGAUAAGGAACUGAAGUUGCAUCCGUCUAUUGACUGCUUUUGCAGUGGUAGUACCACUGUUGCCUUGAUAAAGCAGGGUCUGGAUCUUAUAAUUGGGAAUGUGGGUGACUCGAGAGCAGUACUUGCAACCCGGGAUAAGGACAAUGUUUUGGCAGCUGUGCAAUUAACUGUCGACUUGAAACCUAAUCUUCCAAGGGAAGCUGCUAGGAUCCAGAAAUGUAAAGGAAGAGUUUUUGCCUUGCAAGAUGAACCAGAAGUAGCACGUGUAUGGCUACCGAAUAGUGAUUCACCUGGCUUGGCCAUGGCUAGAGCAUUCGGGGAUUUCUGUCUGAAGGACUUUGGUUUGAUCUCCAUACCGGACGUUUAUCACCACCACAUUAUAGAAAGCGACGAGUUCGUCAUUCUUGCAACUGAUGGGGUGUGGGAUGUUCUCUCCAAUAAGGAAGCCGUGGACAUAGUGGCCUCAGCUCCCGGCCGUGGAACAGCUGCCAGAGCCCUUGUGGAUUGCGCCACCAGAGCGUGGAGGCUCAAGUAUCCAACAUCAAAGAACGACGACUGUGCUGCUGUAUGUUUGUUUCUGGAACAUGCAAAUGAGUCCAAACCCCAAAAUGGCGCGGUAUCUGCUCCUGAAGAGGAAAUCAAGGCUCACUUAGAAGAAGAAACAACCAAGGCUCCCUCUGAGCCGGACCCUGAUUAUCAAAACAUCGAUAGUCCUGUGAGAAAAGAGUCAAGCGAGAUAGUGCCCGUGGUGGAGGAAGAGGAGGAGAAAUCAACUGACAAGAGUGUUGGACAGUCGAGGAGAAGCCUGGCCGAGUGCCUUUUGAGUGCAGAUGAGGAUGAAUGGUCAGCACUCGAAGGUAUAACACGAGUUAAUAGCCUUCUUAGUCUGCCCCGGUUCUUGCCUUUGGAUAGAAGAAGCACGAGUUGGAGAAAAUGGUUAUGAUAUACUAUUCAAGUUUUGGCCUGAGAACUACCAAAUCCUAUCUGAGAAGAAGCAGUAGAGAAAAAUGAAGGGGGAACUGUUGAUGGAUUUGGUACCAGAAUUUUGUAUGUUCUUACUCUGCUCUGCAAAACUCUAUAUAUUAGAUACUUGUCAUUUUGCUUCUUUGUAAAACUCAGGUGUUCAAAAAUAAUCUCACCAUUCAAAUUUUAGGGCGAAACACUUAUAUAAAUAUUGAUCCAAUCGAGUUCAAUUAAGCUACUGA